CUAAGAUUGGUUGAACCCGAAAGCUGUCAAGAGGAAGGGAAACGAUCCGAUAGCAACAGAACAUAUUUUCCUGCCUUCACUGACUGUCAUUCCUGAACACAAAUGGAGUAAUGGACUAUCAUAAAAUAAUUGAAGCCACAGCCUCUAAGUGUCUGAAGACUGUUGAGAAACCCAUUAUGCUCAUUUGAGAUGUGAAACUGCUGAAUGAAGAAUGAGAAACUUGAGCAGCAGCGCUACCCCAGAGACCUGCUUAGCACUAUCAUUUCUCCCAUAACCCUUUAUGCCUGCACUUUGACCCCCUUGUUCAGUCUCACUCUCCUCCCCUCCUGGACACAUCUUCUCCUGCUACUGUGCCGCUGCCCCAGCUGCCCUGCCCAGCUCAGGCUGAGUGGAUCUGCCCCUCUCCCUAGGCCUCGUGCCCUUCCAUCGGCGGGCCGCUCCGGCGGUGUGUUGGUGUACGAUGGCGCGGUGGGACGCUGAGGGCUGCCGCGGGGGACUGUGAUGUCAGAGCCCAACAGCCCGGGCGAGAGCCAGCGUGGCGCUCCCAGAUUCUUCGUGGGCUGCGAGGACGAUGAGAGCGAAGGCCAGGAGGGCAGCAUGAGGACAGACAUGGAGCUGUAUGAGGACGAUGAAGAAGCAGACUCGCCCCCGGAGCGACAGAUCGUGGUGGGGAUCUGCUGCAUGAUGAAGAAGUCCAAGUCCAAGCCAAUGACCCAGAUCUUGGAGAGGCUGUGCAGGUUUGAGUACAUCACUGUGGUCAUCUUCCCAGAGGAUGUCAUCCUCAACGAGCCUGUGGACAAAUGGCCUCUGUGUGACUGCCUCAUCUCCUUCCACUCAAAAGGAUUCCCGCUGGAUAAGGCAGUGAGCUACGCCAAGCUCAGAAAUCCUCUACUCAUCAAUGACCUGAACAUGCAGUACUUCAUACAGGACAGGAGAGAGGUGUAUCGUAUCCUGCAGGAAGAAGGGAUUGAUCUACCACGCUAUGCUGUGCUGAACCGCGACCCAGAUAAACCUGAUGAGUGUAACCUGGUGGAAGGAGAGGACCAUGUGGAGGUGAACGGAGAGGUGUUUCCCAAGCCUUUUGUUGAGAAGCCCGUCUGUGCUGAGGACCACAAUGUGUACAUCUACUACCCCACCUCGGCUGGUGGCGGCAGUCAGCGCCUCUUCAGAAAGAUCGGGAGCCGGAGCAGUGUGUAUUCACCAGAGAGCAGUGUGAGAAAGACUGGCUCUUACAUCUAUGAAGAGUUCAUGCCAACCGACGGUACUGAUGUUAAGGUGUACACUGUUGGACCGGAUUACGCUCAUGCUGAGGCCCGGAAGUCCCCUGCCUUGGACGGGAAAGUGGAGAGGGACAGUGAGGGGAAGGAGAUCCGCUACCCUGUCAUGCUCUCUGCCAUGGAGAAACUUGUUGCCCGUAAGGUCUGCCUUGCAUUCAAGCAAACCGUGUGUGGCUUUGACCUUCUUCGAGCCAAUGGACACUCCUAUGUGUGUGAUGUCAACGGUUUCAGCUUUGUGAAGAACUCCAUGAAGUACUAUGACGACUGUGCAAAGAUCCUUGGAAACAUCGUGAUGCGUGAGCUGGCGCCUCAGUUUCAGAUUCCCUGGUCAAUCCCUACUGAGGCCGAGGAUAUCCCGAUCGUCCCCACCACAUCUGGGACAAUGAUGGAGUUGCGAUGUGUCAUCGCAGUCAUCCGCCAUGGAGACCGAACGCCCAAACAGAAGAUGAAGAUGGAAGUUCGAAACCCCAUGUUCUUUGAUCUAUUUGAAAAAUAUGGAGGUUACAAAACAGGGAAGUUAAAGCUAAAGAAGCCAAAACAGCUGCAGGAGGUGCUGGACAUCACGCGGCAGUUGUUGGCAGAACUAGGACAGCACAAUGACUGUGAGAUAGAGGAGAAAAAGUCCAAACUGGAGCAGCUGAAGACUGUUCUAGAGAUGUAUGGCCACUUCUCUGGGAUCAACAGGAAAGUGCAGCUAACCUAUCUGCCCCAUGGCCAGCCCAAAACCUCUAGUGAGGAGGAAGACUCACGUAAGGAAGGUCCCUCUCUGCUGCUGGUGCUGAAGUGGGGAGGAGAGCUGACUCCUGCUGGCAGAGUACAGGCCGAGGAGCUGGGGCGGGCUUUUCGCUGCAUGUACCCUGGAGGACAAGGAGACUACGCUGGAUUCCCCGGCUGUGGGCUGCUGCGGCUACACAGCACCUACAGACACGACCUCAAGAUCUAUGCCUCUGACGAAGGAAGGGUGCAGAUGACGGCUGCUGCUUUUGCCAAGGGUUUGCUGGCACUGGAAGGGGAGCUGACACCCAUCCUGGUGCAGAUGGUGAAGAGUGCCAACAUGAACGGGCUGCUGGACAGCGACAGUGACUCGCUGAGCAGCUGUCAGCACCGCGUCAAGGCCCGUCUCCACGAGAUUAUGCAGAAAGAUGAGGAUUUCACAGAGGAGGAUUAUGACAGGCUUGCCCCAACCUGUAGUGCCUCUCUGGUGAACUCAAUGAGGAUCGUCCAAAACCCAGUGAACACAUGUGACAUGGUAUACGCCCUCAUUCAGAGCCUCACUUCUCAGAUCCGCAAAAGAAUGGAGGACCCAAAGUCUGCUGACCUGCAGCUGUACCACAGUGAAACCCUGGAGCUGAUGCUGCAGCGCUGGUCCAAGCUGGAGAGGGACUUUCGCAUGAAGAGUGGCCGCUACGACAUCAGUAAGAUACCCGACAUCUACGACUGUGUUAAAUAUGAUGUUAUCCACAACUCCACCCUGGGCCUGGAGGACACGCUGGAGCUGUUCAGACUGUCCCGCGCUUUGGCCGACAUCGUCAUCCCACAGGAAUAUGGUAUUAAUCAAGCAGAGAAGCUGGACAUAGCAUAUGCCUAUUGCCUUCCAUUGAUCAGAAAGAUCCAGCUUGAUCUGCAGAGGACCCACGAGGAUGAGUCGGUCAACAAACUACAUCCUCUAUACUCUCGGGGAGUCUUGUCCCCUGGGCGUCAUGUCCGGACACGUUUAUAUUUCACCAGUGAGAGUCACGUCCACUCCCUGCUCAGCAUUUUCCGCUAUGGAGGCUUGCUAGAUGAGGAGAACGACCAGCAGUGGAAGCGUGCCAUGGAUUACCUCAGCGCUGUGUCUGAACUCAACUACAUGACCCAGAUAGUAAUCAUGCUGUAUGAGGACAACAAUAAGGACCUCACAUCAGAGGAGCGCUUCCACGUGGAGCUUCACUUCAGCCCGGGCGUCAAAGGUGUCGAGGAGGAGGAGAACGCACCGACAGGCUUCGGCUUCAGGCCUGCCUCUGCAGAGAAUGGGCAGAAACACACUGACCCUGGCAGCCUGGAGGACCUAUCGCGUGACGAGACUGACCGGGCUGUUCCACUAUCUGAGCCAAUCAGCAUUCAGAGGAGGUCCCCACUCAUUCGCAAUCGCAAGACUGGGUCCAUGGAGGUUCUGUCGGAGACAUCAUCCUCCAAAGUAGGCAGUUAUCGUCUGUUCUCAUCCUGCUCACGUCAGUCCCCUGAGAUGAAACAAAGUGGACUAGGCUCUCAGUGUGCCGGGCUCUUCAGUACCACUGUCCUAGGUGGUUCCUCUAGCGCCCCCAACCUGCAGGACUACGCACGCGCACACCGCAAAAAAUUCUCCACGGGCAGUCUGUCCUACAAAGACGAGUUGUUGUCUAUGCCGGCAGUAAAACGAUUUUCUGUGUCGUUUGCAAAGCAUCCGACUAAUGAGCCCCUGGAGGAGCACCAAGUGGCCCAGUUGUUGAGGCGUUUUUCCACCGACCCCAGCCUGGGCCGGCAUCUCUCUCUGGACGGGGCGCUGGCCCACCACCUCCACCAGUGCUCCUACCACCUCCGCCUCUUCCGAAACUGGCUCAUCUCCGGCCAGGACCCCCUAGAAUAUCUCUACGGCUUUGAGGGCUGCUCCAUGGUGCCCUCCAUCUAUCCCCUGGAGACGCUGCACAACUGCCUCUCACUGAAACAGGUCAACAAGUUCCUCACCGCCGUGUGUGAGAGCGCAGGGGACGCACACUCCAGGACUACCAGAGCUCUGUCUGCCAUGUUUGACACCCAGAACCAGCCGUCAGUGGACUCGUACAUCCCUCAGAGAGUUCUCUCCUCCUCCAUGUCACUCAGAUCUCGUUCUGACAGGCCUCCUUGGUAUAGCAGUGGUCCGUCCAGUACAGUGUCCAGCGCUGGACCAUCUUCUCCCACCACAGCAGACACUUCCCCACGCUUCAGCUUUAGUGAUAAGAUCUCCCUCACCCCUCAGAGCAGCGAGGAGACCCACUCCUGUCAACACAUUUCCUCCCAGUCAGCACCUGUUGUUGGCUCACAAGUCCUUGACCCAACUUGCCCUGAGCUCUCUGCUCUAGCCUGCCCCUCAGAAGACCCACUUUCUCCCUGUAACCCAGCAGAGGACAAUGCUGAGCACCAGUCUUUGAACAAGAAUCUUGAACACAUGCAGGAGGGCCUAGGUGAGACUCCUGCAGCACUACAGGCCUCCAAUGAUGACACUCUAGAUCCCAGCCUAAGGUUGCCCUGCUCCCCACUUGCUGAACUCUCUCUGGGUCGGAUGGAGGGUUAUUGUGGCCUCCCAGGUUCUCUACCUGUGCUGCUAGAGCUCAGAGAGAGCAGCAGUGAGGCAGGCUCCAGCUCUCAGACACCCCAGUCUCCUGAGGGGCCAGAUGAGUUCUUUGACACCCAGGAGUCAGUGGAGCUGUGGAGAGACAGCCCAGGCAGCAUGUCCCAUCCUGGGACACCUCUGGAGGUUGGAGCCACUCACACAGCUGAGCCGUAGGGGUUCCCUGGGGCUUGGAGAGCUACAGAAUACAAGAAGCUACAUUUCUUUAAAGCCUGCAGGUCCAUCACAAGCUUUCUGGUCACAGCUAUAACUACUGUAACUUUUGGAGCAUGUUUGUUUUCAAACUGUGCAGUGGGGCAUUGUACUGAGCUUCAGCAGACCAACCUUUCCUCCCCUCUGACUCUGUAUUGACUGUAUGUUAGGUAAUAGGCAGCUGUUCUUCAUGCUUCUCCACCAGUUACGUAUGAGCAGCGCUAUCUACUAGGCUGAGUGUAGGAUCAUCAUAUGGCAAUGCCAUACAUACUGUUCAGUGCCUCUGUAAAGCACUCUGGUCAGAUACCAGUGCAACCACUGAGCCUCCUUACAGUCCAACAACCCUGUCCAUUUAUCUGUUAGGUUGUAGAAAGCCACUUGUUGUAAAGUGAAGCUUUAAAAUGGUAUUUAACUUGAAAAUCUCUGUGUUGCUGUCGCUUGUAUGCUGUUGCACACAUCCCUUUUGCUGAAAACAUCCAAACUCCAAGAGUAGCGUCCUUUGUCCUGUUCCCCAUGAAAAGCUACAGUAGGUGAAGCUUUAACCUUGGUGUUAGCAUUGUUUCUUUUCAGAUCUGCCAACAUCACUAGGUGGCAGAAUUGGAAGUUGUUUUUCUGGCAUGGGUCAUGAUGCUUAUCCCGACUGCAAUAUAUAAACCAAGACCCUUCUGUUUCCCCGUUUAUGAUGGGAUAUAGUGACUUAUGAAGUUGCUGCAUUUGUGAAAAACACAGGAAAUGGCUAAUGGAACAAACAAGAAGUGAAAAUACCACAGAAAUUACAAUCAGCAGCUAAGUGGUUGCCCUUUUGGUUCCUUUGUUUUUAACAAAUGCUGGUGUACGUCCUUUUCAGCACUGCAUGUGUAGAAUCUGCUGGUGAUUUUAUUAAAAAGCUGAGCUGCAAAGUUACUGCUGAGGAGUGACAAUAGCCCAAACUCUGCUGCUGCCAGUAAAAUAAAAAGUGUUUAAUUCCAGGUCAACCACAUGUGCACUGCUUAUUGCCAAAGUCCUUAAGCCUCAUCUAAGAUUUAAUAUAAUCAUUAGGAAAUCAUAGAGAAAGAAAAGUAUAUUUAUUUUGAAAUUGCAGAUUGCAAAUGUUCGGCGUUUUUUAAUGCCAAUACAUCAGAAAAAUAGAAUUCAAUUGUACCAUAGCUAUUGUAUAUUUUUGUAAAAUCACCUCUUUAUGUAGGAAAAGUUGAAAGCUAAAUCAAACAUUUUAUCUCUGAACAAACAGGUGGGGCAUUUUAGUUGGUUUUCUGUGGUUUUAUUGCUGCAAGCACAAUACUGCAAGUAUGUAGCAAGGCAUAUGUUUGUUGGGAGGUUUGGCUGGGUUGGGGGGGUGGGAGGGGGGUGCAAUGCACAUGCUUGUUAGGCUGUGCAGACUGACGACUUAAGCUGAAAUAAGAUUCUGUAUUUAACUGAUGGGAUCUGAUGUAUUGCAUUAUGAUGUACUGUUGAGAUGAUUGUGAAAAACACAACAAAUGAGUUACUGACGCUGUGGCAUCAUCCUGUCAGUGGGCCUGUUUCCAUACAGAUGAAACCACAAUCUGCUCCUGUCUCUAUGUGCAUCUUGGACUCGCUCUGUGGGUGUUAACGUGCAGCGUAGGCACUCUAAAACCUGCUUAACUUCGGUCUGAGAGAUCCAGUUCAAUCAUCAAGGAUGAAUCAACUAAUAGGCUACUUAAUCUAAUGAAACCCUCCCUGCUGAACUUUUGCAGCGCCUCUCUUAUGUAAGCUUUGUGAACUGUAAUGCAUUUACUUCCGCUACAUCUGAUAUUUCUACCUGGCUGAAAACAAAAACAACGUGUGUCUCCCUCAACUCUGUGCUUACUGUAUGUGGGUUGAACAACCCGAUGGUGUGUGGACAUUUUUGGCAAACACGGUUUCUUUGUAAUGUCAUGAUGUUGUGAAUAAAGUGUUCCUCUGGAAUGAUCUCAUCCAUGUAUAUCUGGUCACUGGAUUUGUGAAGAUCAUUAAAGACAAAAUCCACCCUAAAAUA